GUGGUUUGAUGAAAAUCUGAAGAAUCAGAGCGUCCAAUCUUGGUUUUCAUUGCAGGGUUAUGUGAUAGUAGCGAUGAACCAAUAGUAGCAAUAGCACUACUAUCCAUUGUUAUCAAUUUGUCCACCAUUCUGAUUCUAAUAUGAUUACAGUCAACUCCACAGAGAUUGGAGUAUAGUUACAGUUACUGAGAGGCAAUUCUGAACCGAAUUGCCUCUCACUCAACCCACCCAUGAAUUGUAUCCAUGCCGUCGCUCUUCCACCGCCAAGUUCCGCGCUUUUCCCAAAACGCCCUUUCGCAGUCCUCACGCCGAACCAAACCCUUUUGGCGAGAAACGCGAGGCUCGGAAUCAGAGUGAGAGUGAGAGUGAGAGCUUCAAAGGGUGAAGCAGCGAAUUGGUCCCGGUGGAUCCCCGCAGGGUCUUUUGCCGCCGAUAAUGUUUUCAGGUUGAUCGCGGGUGCCACUGCUAGUCCCAUUGGCCAGUUUGUUGCGUCCCCCACCACGUUUCUUCACUCCAUCGAUCCUCGAGUCAAAUUGGUAUGGCUUUUAGCUCUGGUUGUUCUACCAGCGAGGUCACACAUAAUUAUGCGAUUUGGAUUAGUGAUAUACCUGACUUUGCUUUCAAUUUGGAUUCUACCAAGAAAUGCUUGGAUGGAUCAAUUGGGAAGAGUUUAUUUGCUAUCUGGAUUAUUAUUCAUAACAUUAGGGCUGGGUGCAGAUGGUGUGCCAGCGCUUGUUCAGUUGAGAACACCACCACCUGCAAUGAUGGGGCUUCCUAAUCUUCCUGUAUCUUUAACAGGUUAUGCAUAUGUAAUCACGAAGUUAGGUCCAUUAACCUUUACCAGGAAAGGCCUAUCUGUAGCAAGCACUGUUGCAUGUUUGACUUUUACAGUAUUUCAAAGUGCAAGUCUCUGCCUCACAACUACAACCCCUGAACAACUAGCAUUUGCAUUGCGAUGGUUUAUGCUCCCUCUGAAAUACAUAGGCGUUUCUGUAUCAGAAAUUGUGCUUACACUUUUACUGUCGUUGAGGUUUAUCAGUCUUGUUUUUGAUGAGGUCCGGAACAUUGCUUUGGGGAUUGUAUCUCGUAGGGUAAAUUGGAAGCAGCUGACUGUUAUGGAGACUAUUGAUGUUUUCUUUAACUACUUCCGGCGCAUCUUCAAGAAUAUUUUCAGCCAUGCAGAGCAAAUUUCUCAGGCUAUGAUAGUCAGAGGUUUUAAAGGGGACGGUGAAACUCAUAAAAUUUACUUCUUGUCAGAAUCAUCUUUUGGGGUGAUAGAUUUUAUAUGCUUGUUGUGCUUGACAAUUGUCAUAGGAGCUGCUCUUCUUUCUGAGUACUACCUUGUCUGACAAUAUGUGCCACUCCUGCAUCUAAAAGAGCAUUCUGUAGUGAUGUUUGUUGGUAUUUUCAUCAUUCACUUAAUUUCUCAUCUUUCAACUUGCAUGAGAAAAAUCAUUAGAAUCACUUGAAUGUUCAAGGGAAAAACGGAUUUCCGCAAA